AUGGUGAGACGAGUCGUAUGGUGCGAGGCUUAUGAGCUGAUCGUGGUGAGACGAGUCGUAUGGUGCGAGGCUUAUGAGCUGAUCAUUGUGAGACGAGUCGUAUGGUGCGAGGCUUAUGAGCUGAUCGUGGUGAGACGAGUCGUAUGGUGCGAGGCUUAUGAGCUGAUCGUGGUGAGAGGAGUCUUAUGGUGCGAGGCUUAUGAGCUGAUCGUGGUGAGACGAGUCGUAUGGUGCGAGGCUAAUGAGCUGAUCGUGGUGAGAGGAGUCGUAUGGUGCGAGGCUUAUGAGCUGAUCGUGGUGAGACGAGUCGUAUGGUGCGAGGCUUAUGAGCUGAUCAUGGUGAGACGAGUCGUAUGGUGCGAGGCUAAUGAGCUGAUCAUGGUGAGACGAGUCGUAUGGUGCGAGGCUUAUGAGCUGAUCGUGAUGAGACGAGUCGUAUGGUGCGAGGCUUAUGAGCUGAUCGUGGUGAGAGGAGUCGUAUGGUGCGAGGCUUAUGAGCUGAUCGUGGUGAGACGAGUCGUAUGGUGCGAGGCUUAUGAGCUGAUCGUGGUGAGAGGAGUCGUAUGGUGCGAGGCUUAUGAGCUGAUCAUGGUGAGACGAGUCGUAUGGUGCGAGGCUAAUGAGCUGAUCAUGGUGAGACGAGUCGUAUGGUGCGAGGCUUAUGAGCUGAUCGUGGUGAGACGAGUCGUAUGGUGCGAGGCUUAUGAGCUGAUCGUGGUGAGAGGAGUCGUAUGGUGCGAGGCUUAUGAGCUGAUCGUGGUGAGACGAGUCGUAUGGUGCGAGGCUUAUGAGCUGAUCGUGGUGAGACGAGUGGUAUGGUGCGAGGCUAAUGAGCUGAUCGUGCAUGAGGGGUUAAGGAGACGCUUACGUCCCAUCUUCCCGCACAGCCACGCCCCCAUUCUGCCACAGAACAAACCUGCCAGCCAUGCGCCUAUAGCGAAGCUGCUGGGGGCGCUGGUGUUUAGAACAAACUCCCAUACCCAUUCCCUGCUGUGCCCUCUCCCCUUGCUCGGCCAGCCCUGUUCUCCCACUCAGCCACGCGUUUAUAGCAAAGCUGCUGGGAGCGCUGGUGUUGAGGAGAGUGGCAGCAGGGGAAUUCAUCUCCGCCACCUCUACAUGCCUCUCUCCCUCCCCCCCCUCCUUCCCCACCUCUACAUCCCUCUCUCCCUCCCCCCCCUCCUUCCCCACCUCUACAUCCCUCUCUCCCUCCCCCCCCUCCUUCCCCACCUCCCAUUCCCCCAGCCCCAUCCUCCCGCACGGCCGUGGCUUUAUAGCGAAGCUGCUGGGGGCGCUGGUGUUGAGGCGAGUGGCGGCAGGGGAAUUCAUCUCCCCAUCCUCCCACACAGCCAUGCGUUUAUUGCAAAACUUUUGGAUGCUUUGGUCCUGAGGAGAGUAGCAGCGGGGGAAUUCAUCUGUGCUGAAGGGGAGGUGAGCCGGCACCUCUACAUCCUGCGCGCCGGCACUGCUGAUGCCACGUGGAUUAAGACUCCCGAGGACGAGGAGGGGGAUGGAAUGGGGGUGAUUAAGGAGGAGGGGGAUGGAAUGGGGGUGAUUAAGGAGGAGGGGGAGGAGGGUGGAGUGGGGGAGAUUAUGGAGGAGGGAGAAGAGGAGGGGAAAGAGGGGACGGGGGAGGUUGGGGAGAGGUGGGGGGAUGAGGAGGAGGACGGGGGAGAGGGUGGUGGUGGUGGGUGGAGAGGGGGAGGAGGAGGAGGAGGAGGAGGAGGAGGAGGAGGAGGAGGAGGAGGAGGAGGAGGAGGAGGAGGAGGAGGAGGAGGAGGAGGAGGAGGAGGAGGAGGAGGAGGAGGAGGAGGAGGAGGAGGAGGAGGAGGAGGAGGAGGAGGAGGAGGAGGAGGAGGAGGAGGAGGAGGAGGAGGAGGAGGAGGAGGAGGAGGAGGAGGAGGAAGUAGAGGAGGGGGGGAAAGGAGUGGGGAGGGAGGUGUUGUGAAUGAAGAGGAAAACCUCGACACACUUCUUCCCCACUUUCCCUCCCACCCGCCCUCUCGCCCCUCGUCCCAGCAGCACCCCUUUGUCCCGGUGAACCGCUCGGCCUCUCUCCUGCGCUCCGACUCACAGCGCCGGCUGCGCCGCUUCCUCUCCCGCUCCCGCCAACUGUCCCUCCGUUUGACCCCCGGGCAAGCCCUCAACACACCCGGCGCUUUCCCGGGUAACCCGGCAACCGCUCCCGGCUCCCACGGGAAUCCCCUAGCACUGGCAGCAGCGGCCGCGAUGGCAGCAGGAGUGCCAGAACCUCCCAAGAAUCCUCUAGAAGUAGCGUUGGAGCAAGGGGGAGGGAACAUGGAGAUGGAGCAUCGGGCGGUGGGGACCGGGUUUGUGAUGGGCAUGGAAGGGUUGCUGGAGGCGUUUGAAACGCGCAUGGACGAGGAGGAAUGGCCGAAACAGCGGGUUGCUCUUAUCUGUGUUGAGGCCACGUUUCAGGUGGGGAAAAGGGGGAACGGGGGGAGGAGGGAAAACAUUGGGGGGGAAGAGAAGAGGUGGGGGGAAGGAGAGGAGUGUGAGCUCCUCCUGGACGACCUAUUCGACACGCUAGAGAGCUUCCCCCAGCUGUUGACCCUCAACUCAGAUACACCCAAUGCCAAGACAGAGUGCGAGUUGCUGCUUCUCCUCCUGGAUGACCUAUUCGACACGCUAGAGAGCUACCCCCAGCUGCUGCACGACAUGCGCUUUGCACUGCGCCUGCCCAUGGGCGUGCACGAGCAGCAGCAGAACCGCCUGGCGCGCAGCCGUGGCGUCGCUGCUUCCGCCGUGCGCGAGGCUUUGGAAAGCCCGUAG